AUUUAUGACACAGAAAUUUCAUUAAUAUCAAUAGAAAUACUAAUAACUUUACAAAUAUGUAUUAUUAAACGGUGGAUUAUAUGAUUGAACUGAAAUAAUACACAAAUGGUUAAUGUGAUUUGAAUUACUGAAUAACAGUAGAUAUUUUUAAAAAAUUCUUAGUUGUAUUAUUAUUUCAUGAAUGAAGUAACAUAACUACUUGAAUAUUUAUUGUAUUAAACAAACGUUUACUGGCUAACAAAAAGUAAACUGAAAUUAUGGAGUGUUUAAAGUCAAUACCUGUUGACAAAUGUUGUUUAGUUGUACAAAUGCCAACAGUUGAAGAAAUGAAACGUGAAGUUGCUAAUAUUACAUGUGAAAUGCAAUCAGUUUAUAUUGACAAUGCAAUUGUGUUACCAUCAUCAGAAGUGCCAACAACCAUUGCAUCACAAGAUACCAUUACUACUACUACUGCUACUACUGUUGUCAGUAAUUUCAAUCCAAUAAAUUAUCAUACAAUCCAGUUGGAUAAUAAUACAACAACUGAAAUGAAUUCAAUUAAUUCUAAUGUGAAUGAUAAAUUAACUAUGAAUUUUAAGAUUUAAAAUAAAUUAUACACCUGUUAUAUCAUAUUUCAAUAGUGACUAGGAGUGGAAUGUGUUUCACCUUGUUGUGGCUUCAUCAGCUAAGUAUAUAUUCAGUUCAUUAAUGAUAUGUAUACUGAUAUUCGAAUAAAACAAACAUUGUUUUAUUAAGCAAGUUAUUACUAGUUACUUAACACAAAAUUCAUUGCUUGUCUAAUAAAUAGGAUAUCUUUUUAGAUGAAGAAGUAUGUCAGGUUUUUAAUUUAUAGGCUAUGAGGGGCUGAUGAUUCUUCUUAUGUUUUGACAAAACAGCUGUCUAGCACUCCCUGAUUUUCAGUGGUAUCCUUAUUGCUAUCAAUCUGUGAUAAACGUAAUCUGCAAAUGGGAUAUCUAUUUCUUUUUGAGUGGAAAGCUUCCGAUAUUCUGGACAGUAUUUGAUAAAACUUUGUUGGUAUAAAAGUUACUUUACAGGGCAUAUAGUAUUGUCCGUAUCUACAGAGUGAUUAUCUUUGCACGAUGGCUAUUGGUGAGAUCCGGUGAAGAACUUCUGUUCUUUUCAUAACUGACUAACAUCAAGAAUUUAAAUCUUACUAUUUAUGGACAUAUUAGAACUUGAAUGGUGACCACUGAUAUAAAUAAUCUUAAAAUCAUGUUGAAUUCUAUUCGUGGGUGUUAACUUUAACCCAAAGGUUGAGGGAAAAAUUUUAGCAUCACACAAACUGUUGAUCUAAAGUAAUAACUACCAAUUUGAUGGUUUAGUUUGUACGCAUUUAUUUAUCAGAUUUAAAUAUUAUCAAGCUGUUAAGUAACCAUGUCUUUUCAGAUAAAAGAAAUCUCAGUUUAGUAUUUAAAGUGUAUAUUUAUUGUUCUUGCAUUUUGUCUUUUUUCUAACUUUUCAUCAAAAUAGACAAAAUACGGUAGCAUAAAUCUUCCGUCUGACAAUGAGUAUCGGCAACACAAUUCACCCAAUUCCAGAUGGUCGACAGUGAACAUUGAUGAUGAUUAUCAUAAUGAAGAUGAUAAUAUAGAUGAACAAACUGAUGGAAAUGAUAAAAUUGAUCAAUUUAAAUUAAAUCGUUUUGGUAGUAUGUUGGUAGACCGGGAAAAAAUGAAUGAAAAUUCACUUUCUAAAUUUAUUUCACCAUCAAUUAAUAGUAGUUCAAGUUGUCCAAGAGAAGAACAAGUUUCUGAAGAAUUUAUUAUUAAUGGAAAGCGUUACAGACAAGUUUAUCAAAGGCGUAUUGUCUUAGAAAGAAAAACAACAAGAGAUGUGUUUUUUCUUCCUGGAAGUAAUACUGAUACAGAAAUUCGACUAUCAAGUAAAAAUCAAUAUGAGUAUAGAUCUCCGCAUUAUGACGAACAAGUAUCAAGUAUGGUUUCAAAUGAACAGUCCACAACUAAGUCAACUAGUUCACCUAAUGGACAAGUAAUAAGUCGACCUGGUCUAGAUCUCACCGUCUUACAUACAAAAAAUAACACACAAAAUGAUGAACCAUGCCUUUCACCAGCAAUUGUUGUCAGGCCUUUUAAUGGUAGUAUGAUUAAUUAUAAGCACACUGAAAAUUCAAGUUGUUCAAAUUGUACAACUUCAACUGAAGUUUCAUCCAAAUUAAUUGAUACUAUUAAUCCAAUUGCUUUAACUCAACAAACAUAUAAUAUGGAACAUUUAAAUGCGAAUCUAUCUGAAGUAAAUAGAUCUAGUUCCAGAGCACGAAAAAUAGUCCGCAGUCUAUCCAACUCACUUAAACGUUCUCUAUCUACUGGCAUUCAAAAUACACGAAGUUUGGUUAAAUCAAUACCAGGAAGGUCUAAAGAAACGGAAUCAGCUAAUCAACUCAACAAAUUACGUACAUCGAUCAAUAAUGAUUUAUUAGUAGACACUUCAAAACAAGACGAGUUUAAAAACAAUCACGAACUCAUUGAGCCAAAAUCAAAGCAAAUAAUGGGUUACAUGUAUAAAUUUGGUGUUUGGGAUGAUCAACAGCCAGUUUUAGAUCCACGUUUACCUGUAUUUUUGAAUUCGUCUAUUGAGAAUAAUUCAAAUUUAAAUGGUACCGUUAUUCCUACUGCACCCGAAUGGCAUCAUGAAGAAGUUGGUUUAGAAAAUAUAGAAAAGUUUCAAGGAGCUUAUGUCCGUGGUCGUACAGUUGCUUGUUUGCAAAGAUUUACACAACAUAGUUCAGCUAGUGGUAAAGCAUUGCAUAGGAGUACUUAUGUACAACAAACAAGACUAGUUCGUCAGCUUAAUCGAAGCGGCGAAAAGAAGAAAGGAGAUACUCUAAGUGGACUAGAUGAAAAUCUCCUAGGUAAAGGGUGUGAACAAGAGGAACAUCCCUUUAGCUCGACUCCAAUACAUCUUACUGAUCCAUGUGUAUUUGAUAGUGAACAGUUAACCAAGUAUGAAAUGAAACCAGACGAUAAUAUUCAGUUAACAUCUGCAAAGUUUAUUCAGUGUUCAAAUGAUCGCCUACAAUUGUUACAAUCGAUUUGUCCAUCCGCGGCUGCUGCAACAAUUCUGUUGGGUAAACCUAUACGUGAUCCACACGAUAAUGAUGAUGUUAAACAAAAUAUUUCGACUAAAUCUAAUGACCUUGAUGAGACUCGUGUUCUGGUAACAGCAAACUCAUGGUGCCCAGCGUCAUUGAGAACAAAAGAUCCUGAAUCACAGUUAAUAUUCAAUCCCAUUUAUAAGGAUAAUAAUAGCAAUACUCCUACAAAAACAAAUACACCAAAACAUUCACCGUCGUCUGUGAGCGUACCAGAACCUACGAUACGCUGUGGAACACUUGAUGGAUUGCUUAUAUAUGCAUUGAAUUUAUUACAGAUGCCUAUACCAACUAGUCAUCCAGAUUAUUUAUUUCCUGAUGUAAUUCGUUUAACUUAUCCAACAUUUACAAGUCCUGAUAAAAUAAUUGAACGUUUAAUCCAAAUUUAUGUUGCAUAUGCUCCUGUUGAACCAGGUUGUCAAAGUAAUGAUUGGAUUGACUCUUUAGCUGCUGCAGAUUAUUUAGUUAGUAUUGCUAAAGAUAUUCAUCCAAAACAAUUGACUGCUUCAUUAAUUCUCAAGCUUAAUCGAUUUGCACGUCUUCUUAUGUAUGAUAAUCAACUGAUUACAAAUGAUAAUCAAAUUUUAGAUGAACCACAUCGUGUACUUGCUGAUCGAUUACUAGAAAAACUACCAAUUCUAUCAUCAAUACAGAAAUUGACAAAUUAUUCAAACAAAUUAAACAAUAUAAAUAAUGACAAUGUUGAUUACAUUUCGACGAUAAGAAAUCCAACGGUAAAUAAAACUGAGUCCAAUAAUUCAUGGUUAAAACAACCGUUAGUUAUCAAUAAUUCAUUAACUGGACAAAAUAAUACAAACUUAGAUGGAAUAAACAAUUAUAAUUCUGUACACUAUUCAGCUUUGGUAAAUACAGAUAGUAAAAUGUGCAUUUGUGAACCUCAAGAAGAUGCCAUAGUAAGAGGUCACGAAUUCCUUGAAUGUGAUGCACGAUUAAUUGCAGAAGAAAUAACUCAAAUUGAAGAAGAAAAAUUCUCUCAAAUUGAUUUUCAUGAACUACUAGAUAUUCAACAUUUAGAAAAAGGUGAAGCUCAAACAUUAGGUAGAUGUGUUGAACAUUUCAAUCAAAUGACACGUUGGGCUAAAGGAAUGCUACUUAUCAUAGCACCAAAAAUAAUUGAGAAAUAUUCUUUAGUAAAUUUAUCAAAUCAUCAAAUAAAAAGCGCAAGUGGUAAAUCAUUGUUUGAUAAUUUACGUAGUCGUCAUACCUGUUCUUCUCUAAUUGUUCCAAAUAUUAAAAAUAAAAACAAAUUAAACAAUAGAGUAUAUGAUUCACAAUCUGAUGUAGAAUUAACAAACAAUGUCAAAUCCACAGAUGAAGAUUUUAUAAAAUCAAAUUCAUUAAUACACCAUAAAAGUAUUUUAACAAAGAGAAUUGUUGCUGUCAAUAUUAUGUUACAGAAACUAUGCGAAAUUUUAAAGCACCUGAAACAAUUACACAAUUUUAGUUCAUUCCUUGCAUUAUUGUUGGCUAUUCAAGAAUUACCUGAAUGUCUCCUUUCUAAGAAAUCAAAACAAUUGGUUGCUGGUUUUUCAUCCUAUAUGAAACCUCCGAAUUUCGGUGAAUAUCGACGAGACUUGGAAACAUCCGCAUUACCGUGUUUGCCCUAUUUAGGAUUAAUAUUUCAACAACUAAUUCAUCUACAUAUUGGCAAUCCAAUUCACCUGUCAACUUCACCAACAACAACAUUGUCUAAAAAUGAUAAAAUAGAACAUGAUAUUGAAUCUAUCAGAGAACAUGAUGAUUCUUCCCACCAAGUGUUUAAACCACUUAAAGUGAUAACUACAUCGCUGAAUACAAAUUCAACUGAUAUGAUUAAUGUUUGGAGGUGUUGGAAACACUAUAUGGUACUUGGUUAUUUUAUAAAACGAAAAGAAGGAUCUGUUGAAAACCUUCACCAUUUUCCACAUAAUCCUCAAAUUAAUCGUAUAAUUAAUGGAUUUGAAGAUCAAUUCAAUGACAUAGCAUUAGAUAAAGCCAAAGAACAAUUAAUUAUUCUUCAACGUUCAAAACGAAAUAUUUUAUCAUCAAAAUGAAUCUC